AUGUCAGUAUAUGAUAGAAUUAAAGAACGAUCUAAGGAAUACAAUUUUACGCAAGAAGAAAUUGACAUUCUCAAUCGUGCAAAAUCAAAAUUUUCUAUGCAUAUGAGGAUAGGUUCUUUGGCUGGUUUAGUCGUUGGUGGUGCUAUUGCAAAAGUUCAAAAAAUUAGAACUUUUGGCACUAUUUGGUUAUGCUUUGGCACUACUUUGUUUGGUAGCCAGGCAGGAAUGGUGACAGGGUCGAUAGCUAGCAUUAAUAUGAUAAAAUCAUCGCCAAAUUCACAACGUAUCAUGGAAUUUAUUAAUGAAAUGCAGUUGAGUUUUUGUUUAGAAUAUAAUUACCUUAAACGGCACCUUAUAUUAUUACAGCAUCUUCCACCGCGUCGUACACUGCAUCCUCCGGAUCAACCUACAAAUUCUGAUGGUUAUAGAUUUGAAAAUGGAAAUCAAUCCACUCUAGCUGAUGAAUUUGAGAAAGAGAAUAAGCCUCAACAUUCUUUUCACCAAGGACCUUACGAUAAUUCUGGAAAUUCCACGAUAAUGACAGAUGAGAUGGUUAGAGACAUUAAUGCAAAUGAGAGUGAUUAUAAUUAUGGUCAUCCACAAAAGCCACUUCACAAAUCUUCACAAGAUAAUUACUGGAAUAAAAUUCGAACACAGAACACAACUUCAACUACUUGGGACAAAAUCCGUUCAAAUGCUAAACUUGAACAACAAAAGCAAAUUAAUGAUGAUAAUUCGCGACAACAAAAAUUCGCCAGUAAGACUGAUGUUGAUGGUGAUAGAUAUUCUAUGGGUUUACCAAGAACUAGAGAAGAAUUUGAUGAAUAUCGCCGUGGUGGUAAAAUUAAAACAAACCAAUUUGGGGAUACAGAAAUUCGAUAUGACGAAUGA